AUUUCGUUUAUUUCGUAAUUCUAUUUCAUGGAAAAAUUAAAUCAUUAAGUCAUUAUCGUGCAAUAGUUUUCUUUAAUAUAAUCGUAAAAAAAAAAAUAAUGUACGGACCUGGAUCGGGAAAUACGGUCCAAAUGACAUUUUCGUACGGACAUUUUUUGCUCAAGGGUUGGCAACGCUGGUCGUAGAUUGUAUUUAUGAGUUAAAUAAGUUUCAAUGUCAUGAUCGGUGUGAGAGUGGAUCUAUAAUUUGUGAUGAUAUAGACAAAUAUCAAUUGAAUGAACAGGAUUUAGGUUUGUUUUGCCGUGUGUCCGCGCUACUGUUUUAAAUUGACAUGGCAUCAGUGCCACACUUGGAUGCGUGCAUUUCUCUGCCACUCGAAAAUGAGGUUUUGGAGGACAUAAUUGAAAAGGCCAGGGAUUGGGCGCUCAUGCAUGGGGUCUGCAUGAGGUCCAGAAGCAGCUUCAGCAAAGACACCCUGCAGUUCGCCCCGUUCGUCCUGCUGCCCUCGCCGUUCCCGCGGAAGGAGUUCCAGAAGGCCGUGUCCAUACAACCCAUACUGAACGAGCUGAUGCACAAGGUGGCCAAUGAUCAUGAGUUUCUUUCGGAAACUCUUAAAAGCACCAUUGAAGUUGAUCCUUUUACAAGAAAUUUAUUCAAAAUUUAUGAGACUGUGCGACAAGAGGGAAUAACUCAGCCAAUACGGCUAGGCCUGUUCAGGUCGGACAUAAUGCUGGAAACCAUCUGCACGAGGAACGGUGUCCCGUCGAUGUGCGAGCCUUACUGCUGCUGGAAGCAGGUGGAGAUUAACACAAUUGCCUCGGGCUUCGGCUGGCUCGGGCCCUCCUCCUCGGCCGUGCAGAGAUAUGUGUUACAAGAACUUGGCCAUGGUGAUAAAAUAAAAAAUCUCCCCAAAAAUUCUGCUCUUGAGGGCCUGACAGACGGACUUGCGACUGCAUGGAAGAUGUACGGUGAUCCCAAUGCCGUGGUGAUGAUGGUGGUGGAAGAUGUGUCGUACAACAUCUGCGACCAGAGGUUCCACGAGUUCCACCUGAGGGAGCGCCACCCCGAGAUACGGGUCGUGAGGAGAACGCUGACGCAGAUAGCGGCCUGGGGUCAGCUGGGACCCAAGAAAGAGCUCCGAGUGAGGGGGGACGCGGUGGCGGUGGUGUACUUCCGCGCGGGCUACUCGCCCGACCACUACCCCGGCCAGGCGGCCUGGGACGCCCGGCUGCUGCUGGAGCGGUCGCGGGCCGUCAAGUCCCCCUCCAUCCAGCACCACCUGGCGGGCACCAAGAAGGUGCAGCAGGCGCUGGCCCGGCCGCUCGUCGUGGAGCGCUUCCUGGCGGAGCCCGCCAAGGUCGACGCCGUGCGCGAGAUCUUCACCGGCCUCUACUCCCUCGACUUCGACGAGUUUGGUGAGAAGGCCAUGCGCAUGGCCCUGGACAGCCCUGAGAAGUACGUGCUGAAGCCGCAGCGAGAAGGCGGGGGCAACAACGUGUACGGCUCGGAGAUCCGAGACGCCCUGCUGGCCAUGAAGGACUCCAAGGAGCGCACGGCCUGGAUACUCAUGGAGCGGAUAAACCCCCCGAGCCAGAAGGGCUACGUGGUCCGCCCGGGACUGGAAGGGCUGCCCCCCUUGACGGAUCUCGUCUCGGAGCUGGGGAUAUUCGGGGUCAUUAUCGGUGACGGUGCAGACAUAGUCGUGAACCAGCAGGUGGGCCACAUGCUGCGCACCAAACACAGCUGUGCCGACGAGGGCGGAGUAGCGGCCGGCCUCGGGGCUCUGGACAGCCCGUACUUGGUCGACGACGUCAGAGGUUGUCCUUGACGCGCGCCUUACUCCACCAGGUCAUGAACUGUCUUUGAGAUGUGACAUUUUUGUUAGUAAGGUUUUUUUGUAUCAAGGUAUAUAUUAUAUAUUUUCAUUACUACA